AUGUCUAUUUUAGACAGUAUUGCGUUAGACAAGGAAUUUGCUACCUUUGAGGAUAUCGAGAAAACAAUAAAGGAAUUAGAAACAGUGCUUUUCUAUCCUCUGCAGUUUGGUUACGCCAAAACUAUAGUUGCAUACAAAAAAUCGAUAAAAAACCCAUUGGAUGAAAAGUGGCGGAAGUUUAAAGAAAACCCUGCUGCGUAUCAAUUUGCCAAUUCCGCUUUAGCUGUUGGAGGGAAUGCAACGCUAACUAGAAAAGAAAUGAGCCAAACCUGGGGCCAUUUCUUGAAAAGGAAUGACCUUCAAAACAUGAAACAGGCAAUGACAGGAGUGUCUUCGGAAGUGUGGCAAUCUACUACGGAAAUACUUGCUAAAUUGACAAGCAACACAGAAAACAUCGUGAAUGUAACCUCCGACGAAAAAGGGGAAAUAAAAUGCAUUUACGCCCAAUUGUCGGAGCAAAGAAGAUUUUAUCAACGCUAUGGCGAAGUGCUUCAACUCGAUGGAACCCAUAGCGUUACUAACACACCCAUGCCGUUGUACACAUUAAUUGUGAAGGACAAUUACGGAGUCGGCCAACCGGUUGCUUUUUUUUUCAAAAGGGAAGAAACCGGUGCUACGAUGGCCAUCGGUCUUAAGCAGUUUUGCGAGAACAACGAUAAUUUCAUCACACAGGUGUUUCUCACAGAUAAGGACUCCGCUGAGAUAUCUGCCAUUAAAUGUCAUUUCCCUAACUCCAAACAUCGUCUUUGCCACUUCCAUGCUCUAAGAGCACUACCAGCUCUGAGAGUAGAUCGCCGUCUCAAUGAGACUGACCUUUCUAAAGGAUUGAAAGAAGAAAUAUACCGGGUUUUCACGACACCGUAUACGCCCAGACCAAUGAGGCAUUCAUUGAAGGACAGGAAUACCUUUGCGCACUAG